AGAGUCUAUAAUUGAUAACCCCGAUGAGAAAGAAUUAAUACGUUAGGUGUUCUUUCAUGCGUAGCCCAAUGCAAGAUCUUCCUCAUUGUUAAUUUUGUUUCAUGAUAUUUUGUUUAGUCUUUGCAAUUACUUUCCGGGAUUAUUUACUUUUAUUUUAGCAAAAAAAACUAAUUUAAAUUUUCUUUUAGCUCAUCCAACAUUCCUACUGCCCGUUUUAUUUUAGGUCAUCUUGCUGACCCCUCAACAUCUAUUUUACGUAGUAAAAUUGAAAAUAACAAAAGGAAAGCGUGGUGCACGCUGCAACGAAUGGACAUUAGCUUCACGCGCUUACUGAUGAGAAAAGCAGGAGCGCUUCCUUCCUUCGGUAUAAAGCUUACUACUGGCAUUGGCCUUCCGCGAAAUCGAACAUGCUACUUGCAUAUGUGUAACAUAUCGACCAGGCCCACUAACUGUUCGACCGAUUGUCCAAGAGAGAAGAAAAAGAAGGUCAUUGUUAUCACGGGACCCACUGGAGCCGGCAAGAGCAGGCUGGCUUUGAAUCUUGCAAAAAGGUUGGACGGAGAGAUCAUCAGCGCAGACUCCGUUCAAAUUUACCGCGGCCUUGACGUUGGCUCCGCCAAGCCAACCCUUGCAGAACAAAAAAUUGUCCCCCAUCACCUCAUCAACAUACUGAAUCCAUCUGAAGAGUACUCCGCUGGUCAAUUCUUCGAGGAUGCCCGGAAGGCCACCAACGAAGUCCUCAGCAAGGGCAAGGUCCCUCUUGUUACAGGAGGAACCGGACUUUAUCUCCGGUGGUUCAUAUAUGGCAAACCUGAAGUUCCAAAGGCAUCUGUUGAUGUAACAUACGACGUUUGCUCGGAACUCAAACACUUGCAGGAGAAAGACAAGUGGGAUGAAGCUGUGGAGCUAGUGGUGAAGGCUGGCAAUUCAGAGGCUCGAACUAUUCCGCUUAACAACUGGUAUCGUUUGCGUCGCAGCCUUGAGAUAAUCAGGUCUUCGGGCUUUCCUCCCUCUGCUUUUGUAAUCCCAUACGAGUCCUUUAAAAAGCAACCUGCGUUUGAACAGAGGUGGUCUGAUCCUGCAGAGAAAGAACUAGACUACGACUUCAUAUGCCUUUUUCUUACAAGCCCGAGAGUUGAUCUUUACAGGGCUAUUGAUCUGAGGUGCGAGGAAAUGCUCCGAGAGACUGAAGGACUUCUUUCUGAAGCCUCAUGGCUUCUCAAUAUCGGCCUUCGACCGAAUAUGAGCUCUGCAACGCGAGCAAUUGGUUACCGACAGGCAAUGAAGUACUUGUUGGAAUGCAGAAAUUAUGGAGGGAGAAGCACAGCAGAUAACUUCAAAGCUUUCUUAUAUGAGUUCCAGAAAGCAUCUCGGAAUUUUGCAAAGAGGCAGAUGACUUGGUUCAGGAGUGAAUUUCUGUAUCACCGGAUUGACUCGUCAAGUCCUUUAGACGAUGUGGUUGACUUCAUCUGCAGUGCUUACGAGCAGACUGAGAAGCUGAUGGUGCCUAGCAAUCUUCUAAUGACGAAGAAUGCGGACGUGCGGCAGAAGAACUAUGAAUUGAAGUCUUAUCGAACCCAGAAUAUGAUUUUCAAGAAAGAAACAGAUUGUGGCGAUGUUUUAGAUUGGGUAUGGAGAACACAACAAGGUUAGCAGAAUAACAGUGAGUCUUUGGGUCUGACCUUUGCAAAAAAAAAACAAAUAUUAUUAUUCCUAUGAAUAUUGAUGAGACUGUAGUAUUCCAAAUUGUCUGAGGAUGAUAAUUAGCCCAUGGCAUAUAUGAAAAAAAAGAACUUUGUAAGUGAAAAGAUUAUUGAGUUUGAAAUGUUUCGGGAAAGUUGUAGCAUCUCUAUAUGUAUUUUCAAUAUCAAUAAAAAAAGGGAUAAGAGGAUUUGAAGAAA